AGUGAAGCGAUGAAAACCUUUUUGAUCCUGUUCGCGUGCGGCGUCUGCUGCGUACUCGCUAGACCGGAACCGGAACCACCGCGUGGUCGCAUCGUGACGCCCGCCAAGCAGCAGCAACUGCCACAGUACGAGUACGGUGCCCCGAAGCCCGAGUAUGGUGCGCCGCCGGCGGAAGAGUACGGUCCACCGGUCGCUCCGCCGACCGUUUACGGACCGCCAGCCCACGAGUACGGACCACCGCCGAAGCUGAUCACCAAGAAUGUGUACGUCCACGUGCCACCGGAGGAACCGACCGAGAUCAUCCACAGUCCGGUGCUGCAGGCGCCCAUCCCGAAGAAGCACUAUAAGAUCAUCUUCAUCAAGGCACCGGCCCCACCGGCACCGAUCAAGCAGGUGAUACCACCGCAGCCACAGGACGAGCAUAAGACGCUCGUGUACGUGCUGGUGAAGAAACCGGAAGAUCCGGCCCCGAUCGAGAUCCCGGUGCAGGAAACCACCGAACCGAACAAACCGGAAGUGUACUUCAUCAAAUACAAGCAGAACGAGAAGGAACCACCGAAGCAGUACGGACCGCCGCCACCGGCCCCGAGCUACGGACCACCGUCCGGGCCCGCCCGGUACCAGAAGUUCUAGGUACCAGAAGGUUCACUCAUUUAGGUGUGUUUGUGAGGGUGAGCGCUGCUGUGGCUAUGGCCCCUUUGUUACUUAUUGUUGUUAGCGAGCUAAGACCUUUUUACUGUAAACAUGAUUUUGAAUAAGGUGUUGUUUCAUCUUGCGCGGUUUUAUGACGAAACAUUCUCACAAUGCUCUCUCUCGAACCCUUUUCCUGGGGGGCUAUGGAAAGGGCGAGAGAGAGA